UUCCCAGCGUGCCUGUGGGACCUGGGGCAGGACUCAAGAAGGGGACAGUUCCUUGCAGGUGGCCGCACACGCAGAAUGCCACGCUCCUUCCUGGUGAAAAGUAAGAAGGCGUACACCUACCACCAGCCCCGAGCACAGGACGAUGACCUGUUCUGGUCCUCCACCAUCACCCCUGUGGCCAGAGACCAGGUCCUGAGCAGCAGCCCAGUUCUUAACACACUGCUCCCAAGCCAAACUCUGGACUGGAACCCUGUAAAACAGGAGCAGGAGCUGCCGUUAGCCCAAUGCCUGCCCAGGAUGGCCUCUGCCCCAGAGGGACCCCUGGUGACAUCCCAACCUCAAGACGGGGACUCACCCCUCUCUGAGUCACCCCCUUUCUACAAGCCCAGCUUCUCCUGGGACACGCUGGCUUCAUCCUACAGCUACCAGCAGACCCCCUCUACCAUGCAGUCAGCCUUUCUGGAGCAUUCCGUACGACUGUACGGCAGCCCCCUGGUGCCCAGCUCUGAGUCCCCCUUGGACUUCAGCCUCCGAUACUCUCCAGGCAUGGACGCAUACCACUGUGUCAAGUGCAACAAGGUGUUCUCCACCCCACACGGGCUGGAAGUCCACGUCCGCCGUUCUCACAGUGGAACCCGGCCCUUUGCCUGCGAGAUCUGUGGCAAAACCUUCGGCCACGCAGUGAGCUUGGAGCAGCACACGCAUGUCCAUUCCCAGGAGCGUAGCUUCGAGUGCGGGAUGUGUGGCAAAGCCUUCAAGCGCUCUUCCACCCUGUCCACCCACCUGCUCAUCCACUCAGACACACGACCCUACCCCUGCCAGUUCUGUGGGAAGCGCUUUCACCAGAAAUCAGACAUGAAGAAGCACACCUACAUCCACACAGGUGAAAAGCCCCACAAGUGCCAGGUAUGUGGAAAGGCCUUCAGCCAGAGCUCCAACCUCAUCACGCAUAGCCGCAAACACACCGGCUUCAAGCCCUUCAGCUGCGAGCUGUGUACCAAGGGCUUCCAGCGCAAGGUGGAUCUGCGGAGACACCGCGAGAGCCAACACAACCUCAAGUGA